AUGGAUUUUUGGCCGGAGUUUCUUGCAAGCAGCUGGGGAAAAGAAUUUGUGGCCGGAGGAUUUGGCGGCACAGCCGGCAUCAUAGCCGGUUAUCCUCUUGAUACCCUCAGGAUCCGGCAACAGCAACCGACCAGUACUGAUUCCGCCAUCAGAAUCCUUCGCAAUGUUGUCUCCAGUGAGGGACCUCUUGCACUCUACAGAGGCAUGGCUGCACCACUUGCCUCUGUCACUUUUCAGAAUGCCAUGGCAUUUCAGAUUUAUGCUGUCCUGUCACGGGUUUUUGACACAUCAGUCCGCACAACAGACCCUCCUUCUUACAAAGGGGUUGCUCUGGGAGGAAUUGGAACAGGGGCAAUACAAAGCUUGAUGCUCAGCCCUGUUGAACUAAUUAAAAUCCACCUCCAAUUACAGAAGAAAACUCAAGCAAAUAGUCUCAAAGGUCCAGUAAGUGUCGCCAGAAGCAUAUAUAGGACAGAAGGUUGGAGGGGUAUUUACCGAGGUUUUACAAUCACUGUGCUCAGAGAUGCACCUGCUCAUGGCUUGUACUUCUGGACAUACGAGUACAUGAGAGAGCAACUUCACCCAGGAUGCAGAAAAAGUGGCCAGGAGAGCUUCAGAACAAUGCUUAUUGCAGGAGGUUUAGCAGGAGUUGCAAGCUGGAUUUGCUGUUAUCCUUUGGAUGUAAUAAAGACCAGAAUCCAGGCUCAGUCACAAUAUUCUCCAUCAAAUUAUGGUGGCAUUGUUGAUUGCUUUAAUCGGAUUGUGCGAGAGGAGGGAUAUCAUGUCCUGUGGCGCGGAUUGGGAACCGCAGUUGCCAGAGCUUUUGUUGUCAAUGGGGCUAUUUUUACAGCUUAUGAAACAGCUCUAAGACAGACUCAGAUUCACGCAAACCAUACAUCAUACUCAUUCCAUGGUAAAGAGAACCAACAAUUCAACAGAAAAACCCAUUCUAGAAGAAAGGGUCCUUAUGUGCAUCAUCUAGGCGGCUAG